CUGGCUUCAUAGCAGUUGUGGAUUAACGGGACCGGACAGGGGGAAAAUAAAGGAGGAGGAAGGAUGGAGAGUAGUCAAACCGAGUCAUUAGUCAUAUGACCAACGAUGGCAUCCUAUUUAGCACAAGAAGUUCAGCUUGCUAAAAGGCUUCAAGAAACACUGUCUCAGAGAUCAGUGUUGCUUCAGCAGAUGGAGACUCAUCUAGGAGACAGAGAGGCUGAGAAGACACGUCAAAUGCAAGACGCUGAUGCUGCUCACAAAAGAAAUGUAGUACUUUUAAAUGAUAUAGAAGCAGCAGAGAAAAAACUGCAAGCAAGAGAGCACUUACUUCUACACCCUGAUACUGUUACUCUUGAGACUCUUUACUGGGCGAAAAUAGAAGAGUCCAUUCCCAAGUGGGAGCCGUUUUUCCUCGGAAGAACUCAAGCCCCUGUUGGUGUGAGAAAAACCAAGCAACAAAGCCACACAAGCAACAAAGCCACAAACAGACCAAUACCAAGAUAAACCGGAAACAAAAAUCGGACUUAGUUCAUUGUUAGGAAUGUAUUCAAG